AGGAAAACUAUACUCCCAAACACAACAAAUAAUAGCUAUAAUGUUUGUAACGGUGAGUAUGUGAUUAUUAAGCUUAUAUAGGACUCCUUCCUAAUGUCUAGCAUUAUCGCGAUAUCAAUAAUGGAGUAUAUCUACCUCAGGACAUUGUAUAAAGGACUAUACAAUCCCCUUCAAUACCCUCAUAGUGCAACCAAAGAACACUCAGAAAUCAAUCCGCAGAUACAAGAAGCGAAUUAUAGACGAGGAAUGUGAAUUCGGCGAUCGUAGACAAUUGCAGGGUACGAAGAACUAAAAUUCAAUCAUGAGCACAGCAUCAGAAGAGCAGGGGAAGAAGGAAGAAGAGAAGCCGAAAGGCACGUAUGAAGCUGGCUGCCACUGCGGUUACAUCAAGUUUUCGGUCGCUCUAUCACCGCCCUUGCCCGAGCAUGAGGUGGUGAACUGCAACUGUUCUUCAUGCACGCACCUCGGUUAUCUUCUCGUGUACCCCCAAGUCAAAGACGUAGUAUGGCACAACGACAGCCGUAAGCGGUGCGCCGGCUACCGGUUCAACUCCAAAAAGAUGGAACAGAUGUUCUGUCCCAAGUGCGGCACCAGCCUCGGUAUUGACUUUGAGGGCUUCUUCAAAGGCAACGAUAUAUACGGCAUUAGUAUUCGCACAUUCUACGACAUCGACUUAGACGAUCUCAAAUACAAGAAACUCGAUGGGAAGAACAAGAUUAAACCCGCGCAGAGCUUGGCAGGACACGUUUGGGAUGAGGAGAAACAGGAGUUACAGUAGACGAGCUUACUUGAUCCCACUUCGCCAUAUCUUACCUCUCAAGUAGCCAUAUAACUUCAUCACCUAGUAUAAGAAACUCAUAUCUCAUAAUCAGAUCGCCAAUAUUUCACAAA